AUGGUUCAUUCGGCUGACACCAAAUCACGGCUUAAUAUCUAUCUAUCUAUCUAUCUAUCUGUAUGUAUGAAUGCCUUCGUUCAUAUCUAUUUAUCUGUUUGUUCAUCUCUAUCUCAAUGUGUUCAUUUUUAUGUAUGCCGAACUAUCUAUCUAUCUAUCUAUCUAUCUAUCUAUGAUGAGGAUGAUGAUGAUCUAUCUAUCUAUCUAUCUAUCUAUCUAUCUAUCUAUCUAUCUAUCUAUCUCGGCCUGUUAAUAUCUAUCUAUCUAUCUAUCUCAUUCUGUUCAAAUCUGUUUGUCUGCCCGUCUAUCUGUCUCAAUCUGUUCAUAUCUAUUUACCUAUCUAUUUCUUUCGUAACUAUCUCUAUCUAUCUGUCACUAUUAAUGUCAUGUCAUAUCUAUCUAUCUAUCUAUCUAUCUAUCUAUCUAUCUAUCUAUCUAUCUGUAUCUCUCUCAAUAUAUCCAGUGACGGAUUUCGAUCUGGCCGAUCCACUGCCGACGUCCUAA